AUGAAAGACAAGGAAAACUGGGUGAACAUGUAUGUUUACAAACAUGCCCAUUUUGGCAAUCACAUGUCGAACCGUGCAGAAAGUGCUUAUGCUUCUCUCAACUCUUCUCUUGGUACUUCCUUGAGUAAACUGAAGACAGUUACCCUUAAAGUAAAAAAGUGGUAUGACGAGUUGGUUGCAGAUUGCAAGCAUCGGCUAAUGGUGGAAAGCCUUGGAGAAGGAACAAAGAUUAUGUUUGAUAAAGUCAAUGCAACCAGACUAAAUGACAUCCAUCUUAAAGUCUGUAGAUUUGCAAUAGAUCAAAUCAAAUUAGAAUUAUCCAAAUCCAUUAUACCUGAAAAACUAGCCAAAGAGUUCAAAUGCCUCAUACAAUAUAAUUACCUGCUUUCUUGUUAUCACACGCUUGCCAAAUUCAAUACCAUCUCAAUCUUCUGCAUUCCAAGACGCUGGAGAAAAAACUAUCUAGAAGGAGAAAACUAUUUAACUAUCCAAAAUGCAACCCCAGUACCCCCAAACAUCAACAAUAUCAAACCAAUAACCCCAGAAUUCAACUAUGCUCUUGAGCUUAUUUGCAAACAUUUUGCCAAUGCUCAGAGCAAACAAGAACAAAUCAAUAUAUACCAAUUGAUAGAAAGAACUUUGAAACAAAUCGACGCACAGAAACUCGAAAACCUUAAGGGCCCAACAGUAGUCGAAGCCAUUAAAGGCCGACCAAAAAAUACCAAGUGCAAGAUGAUUGCAUUAGAGCAUUGCAUCAAUACCAAAAAAGAAAAAAUCACAAAAAAAAUUAAAACAGAAGAAGAACAAAAAAAGCAAAAAAUAUUCUCAGCUAAAGAGCAAAAAGCCAUAAAAAAUAUUAUCAACCUUGGGUCACCAUGCAAUCCCACAUUACUAACAAAUCUCACAAUCGCACCAAAACAUAUAUCAACAAUCUUUUCUCCUGAAGCAGACGGAAAUUGUGGGUACAGGGCGAUAGCAAUGGAAGGAAGAAUGGAGCAUGGCAAUAUGACUGCAUCCAAUAACCAACUAAUUCGCAGUCUCCAAAACAAGCGCUCACCUCUCCCCCAGCAACAUUGGUUUGGUACAAUCAAUCAUUCUCAACUUGUAGCCAAUACAUUUAGCAGAACAGUGGCUGUAUAUUGA